GCGCAGCGCUUCAAUACGCAACAAACCUCCCGAGUGAUCAUUUCCAGCGCCCAGUUGUUGGCAGCUCCGUGUGGUUUAGUUGCCCCCGUUUUGCUGUUGUGUUGUUUCGCUAGUUCCUUUUCCGUGUUGUGAACAACCCGCAUAAAAGUGCACUCCUCUCGUCACCGUACCUGUUGCACAGCGUCUUGUGAGAGUGAUCUAUUACAGCGAAACAGGUACGCCAAACAGUUAGAGAUAGUGUGUGACAAGGUGUCUGCCGGUGAGUUUAGUGCGCAAUAUUUACCCAUAUAAAGCAACAGGCCAUAAACAAUUCCACCCGAAAUCUCGGUCUUCCACACUCGGUCAGCUCGUUUGCUCUGUGAGUCGGCGAAUUUUGCACAACAGCAGCUUAUCAGCCUUCAUCCUUACGAUCGUCAACAUCCUCACCGCGCUCAAUCAUGUGGAUGGGACGCUGCGCACGACUUGCGGCCCGCGGGUGUCUGGCGGAGAGCCAGCCCACCUUGCCCCAGCGCCGGGCGCUGCUUAGCACGCUGCGGCAGGUGAAGUUUCUCGAGGACACAAUCUUCCCACCGGAGAACGGGCUCGAGCAGAACUCGCUGUACGGCAACAACAUUCCGAUACCGCAAGUUACCCUGGACCGGUACCUGUGGGAUCAGUUCAGCAAUUGGACCAACAAAACGGCCGUGGUUUGCGGCAUUACUGGGCGUGGCUACACCUACGGAACGCUGCGAGAUCAUUGUGCGGCCCUGGCGAUUCGAUUGCAGCGCAAGCUGAAGCUCACAUCCGGCAACACGCUUGCCAUUUGUCUGCCCAACAUUCCAGAGUUCCCGCUCGUCACGUUCGGCGCCAUCGAGGCCGGUCUGAUUGUGACGACCAUUAAUCCGAUCUACACGGCAGAGGAAAUUUCCCGACAGCUCGUGGACAGUGACGCGAAGAUACUGAUCGGGCUAGCGUCCAACUAUGCAGUAUUAAAGGAGGCGGCCGAGCAGGCCAAGCGUGACAUACCGAUCGUCUGCAUCCGGUGCACUAACGACGAGAGUCUUCCGGCCGGUGCGAUCGACUUUGCCGAGCUCGCCAACCCGAAAGGUAUUCACUACAGCGAGCUGAAGCAGCAUGACCGCACGGCGGACGAUGUCGUCUUUCUGCCGUACUCCUCCGGUACGACCGGUCUGCCGAAGGGCGUGGAGCUGACGCAUCUGAACGUGGUGUCCAACAGUGAGAUGCUUGGCGUGAAGGCUGGCACUGGAACGGUCGUGUUGCCGACCACGGACACCUUCCAGGACGUGCUGCCGUGUGUGCUGCCGUUCUUCCACAUCUACGGGUUGACUGUGACGAUGAUCUCGAAGCUGCAGCUGGGCUGCAAGCUGGUUACCUUGCCCAACUUCAAACCCGACACGUUCCUAAAUGCGCUCGCCGAGCACAAGGGCUCGGUGCUGCAUCUCGUACCACCGAUAAUCAUUUUCCUUGGACAUCACGAGGGCGUUAAGCCAAAGCACACGGAAUCGAUCCGGAACGUGUUUUCGGGAGCCGCCCCGAUGGGAACGCCGGACGCAGAACGCUUCACGGCGCGCGCCCCGCACGCUGAGUUCAUCCAGGGCUACGGGCUAACCGAAACCGCUCCGGUUGUGUUGAUGGGCGCUCUCGGGUCCCGCAAUUACGCGUCCGUCGGAUCGCCCUGUCCCCGCACGCAGGCCAAGAUUGUCGAUCUGAACGACCCGACCAACACCGCACUCGGGCCGAACAUGUCCGGCGAGCUGCUGGUGCGUGGCCCGCAAGUGAUGAAGGGCUACCACAACAACCGCAAGGCAACGGACGACAUGAUCAUCGAGGGUGGUUGGUUGCGGACCGGCGAUAUCGCGCACUACGAUGACAGUCUGCAGUUCUACAUCACCGACCGGCUGAAGGAGCUGAUCAAGGUGAAGGGCUUCCAGGUGCCACCGGCCGAGCUGGAGGAGCUGCUGCGCGCCCACGAAUCGGUGGUCGAUGCAGCCGUCGUCGGUAUGCCGCAUCCGGUCGCUGGCGAGGUGCCGCGUGCGUUCGUCGUCACGAAACCGAACUCCCGCGUUACCGAGGACGAGCUGAAGGCGUUCAUCGCGGAGAAGGUGGCCGUGUACAAGCGACUCGAGGGAGGCGUCACCUUCCUGGACAGCAUUCCAAAGAACGCGUCGGGCAAGAUCCUGCGGCGGCAGCUCAAGCUGGAACACUGCUCGUAGGGUGCGAUGCUUGGUGCGAUGGAGUGAAAACCUCCCGAUAUUACCCUUACUGCGAGACGACGAGGAGGGCAGUCCACUACUUUGUAAAAUCUCAUCACCUCAGCUCAGCUCGAACGGACGGCACGGGACGGGACUGUGCUUCAACCGAUGAUCGUGCUAACGUAGCGUAACUAUUUCCCUUACGGACAGACUGUUUAGGUUGAUAGGGUGCACACUGGUGGCGGUGGCAUUUAUAGACGGUGAUGGCCACCGGUCGAUGGUGUCCGUGUUCGAUGUAAUGUUUUGUUUUGUUAUAGGACGAUAAAAUGUGGCGUACGUUUUUUGUGGUUUGUUUUUAAAUUGUGUGUAGUCGUAUCGUUUCCCUAACCUUUCAAUCGAGCAACCCGGCAGAGCACAUUGUGAAAAGUACACUCUAGGAAACAGGGAGAAACCUAAACUUAAGGAACAUCAUUUUUAUGAUUUAUAAUAAACGGAUAAACUUUGCAAAAUCUUACCAGAAA